UUCUCGUUUGAACCCAGUAUUUUUACCAGCUCUAGAAGUACGCCAAGAUGAAUCCUCACAAAUGUGAUCAUCACCACCACCAUCCAUCAGUACCAGAAGGUUGCUACUGGCGAGAUUAUACAGGUGAAAUACCUAAGGAUGCAUUCCCGGGUGGACAUGAUUCAAACGGUCAAACCACCUAUAUUGGUCAAGCCUAUUUAGCAGAUGCGGGCGUUGUACCGGCAAAUCUUUUCCGUGGUCAAUCCGGGAUGUACUUAGCCUGUAAUAACAAAGCGAACUAUUCUGAUCUUGCCAUGAAAAUACUUUGUACUUCAAGGCCUGAUUCUCUUGCUUGGGUAAACACCACUGCUGCAGAUCUACAUUUGGUUACAGCUGGGAAGGAACUAGUCAUUGGGGGUUACCAUCCUCGUGGUAACGCCAAGUUGCUGCUCAACAUCGGACGAGUGAAGCACGGAGGAGAACUAAUCGUUGGGAAAGUGCAUGAGUGGAAAGGAAACUUUUCACUAAACUUCGUUGGCGAUGACACGGAACUUUCUGCUAAAUCGUAUCAAGCUUUAGUAGUGAAUUCCCCAAAUGAAUGUUGUCAGUUACAACAUACGUACUAGUACAUUAUUUUUAAAUUAAUAUAUAUCUUCUCCAAAUAUAUUUUGUGUUUUUCCCGAGA